AUGCCCGACGACAUUCCUCUUUCUACCGUCAAGAGCCGCGCCAGCUCCACGGGGGCGCGCAAGGCGACCCAACGGUCCGCCUCGCUCUCCGACUCCGGCGAGCUCGAGAAGAAGCGCAGCAUCCUGAAGGGUGGCCGGAGGAAAGCCCCCGAGGGUCCUAGUAGGCAGGGGACCGGCGGCUCGGAUGAGAUGUCUCUGAAUGCUAUGGGCAGGCUCUACGCUAAGAUCAUCAACUUUGCCCCUCCUCUGCGAUACCUGGUUUACAUCGUCCCUGUCGGUCUGGCCCUCGCCGUGCCGCUGAUCGUGCUCCCCUUGACCGAUAACAAGGACUCCGUGCCCGUCGGCAACAAGACCGUCACCAAUGCCGCUGGCGAGGAGACCACCACCCAGGGUCCUCCCCUCUUCAAGGUCUUCCUCUGGAUCGAGAUAUCUUGGCUUACACUCUGGGCCGGCAAGCUGGUCGCAUUCCUCCUGCCUGCUCUCUUCAUGUUCUUCUGCGGUGUCGUGAGCUCCGGUACCCGAAAAUAUGCUACCGUGCUUCGAAACCUAGUCCUCCCCUUCUCCUUCUUCUUCUGGGCCUUGGCCUCGUUUGUCACCUUCCGCAGCCUUUUCCAACAAGCCAACAAUGAUGACAUUGUCUGGGUUCGCAACUUUGGACGUGUCCUCGGCGCCUCCUUCGUCUCCUCCGCCGUCUACCUCGCUGAAAAAGCCAUCGUCCAGCUCAUCGGCAUUUCGUAUCAUCAGCGCUCCUUCGCCAAUCGCAUCAAGGAUUCCAAGCACGAGGUCCGCCUGCUCGGCAUCCUUUACGAUGCCUCGCGCUCCCUGUUCCCCAUGUACUGCCCCGAGUUUGCUGAGGAGGAUUACAUCAUCAACGAUAGCAUCGACCUGAUCCUCCGCCAAAAGAAGGGAUCUACCGCCCCCAUGCGCAUCAUCGGUGACGUCGGUCGUCUGGGAGACAAGGUCACGUCCGUCUUUGGUAACAUUGCGUCGGAGAUUACCGGGAAGCAGGUCUUCAACCCCAACUCGGCACACUCCAUCGUCGUUGAGGCGCUGGAGAAGGUGAAGUCGUCCGAGGCGCUCGGGAGGCGUAUCUGGAUGUCCUUUGCCGUCGAGGGCCAGGAGAGUCUCCUGUUGGACGACAUUAUCGAGGUGCUCGGCCCCGAGCAUAGGGACCAGGCCGAGGAUGCUUUUGCCGUUGUCGACGUUGAUGAGAACGGCGAUAUCAGCCUCGAGGAGAUGGUGCGCAAGGUUGUCGAUAUUGGAAAGGAGCGGAAGGCGAUUAGCGAGGGUAUGAAGGAUAUUGGCCAGGCCCUUCAGGUUUUCGACCAAGUACUUCUCUUUAUCGUCUUGUUGAUUGUCAUUUUCAUUUUCCUUGCCUUCUUCCAGAGCAGCUUCAUCACCACACUCGCCACAGCCGGAACCGCGCUCCUUUCUCUGUCCUUCGUCUUCGCCGUCACCACCCAGGAAUUCCUCGGCUCCUGCAUUUUCCUCUUCGUCAAACAUCCCUACGACGUCGGCGAUAGGGUCGAUAUCCAGGGUGCUGGAGAAAAGCUGACGCUUCAAGUCGAGAGGAUUUCGCUUCUGUACACGGUCUUCGUCCGCAUCGACAAGAUGCAAGUCGUCCAGACACCCAACAUCCAGCUCAACAACAUGUGGAUCGAGAACGUAACCCGAAGCAAGGCCAUGAAGGAGUGCAUCGACGUCAACAUCUCGUACGACACGACCUUCGAGGACAUCGAGCUCCUCCGCGCCGAGAUGGAAAAGUUCGUGCGCCACCCGGACAACUCGAGGGACUUCCAGCCCGAUUUCGGCAUCGGCGUCGGCGGCGUCGGCGAUCUGGACAAGCUCAACCUCAAGGUCGUCAUCAAGCACAAGUCCAACUGGCACAACGACGGCGUCAGGGCUACGCGCCGGUCCAAGUUCAUCUGCGCGCUUGCCAAGGCUCUCAAGAAGAUUCCCAUCUAUGGACCUGGUGGCGGCAACGAGGUUCUCGGAAGCGUUGGCAACCCGUCGUACUCGGUUACCGUGAGUGACGAGCAAGCUGCCAACAAUCGCAAGGAGGCCGAGGAUAAGAAGGAGGCUAAACGCAUGGUGCCUUCGGUAACCCCCGCCGCCGAGGACGCAUCUACUGAUGCCGCUGCAUCAAAACAACAACACCCUCCUGCCGGUAGUCACGACGAUUGGUUCAACCGAGAAGACAGCAAGACGCUACACUCUCACGAUAACCACAACACGCGCACUUCGUUCGAGCACGGCGGUGACUCGCACGCGACCGGAGUCGACCACGUGAAGCGAGGCGAGAGUCACAGCAGCAACCGCGGCCUCCGGAAGGCCGGCGAAGGCCUAUCUUCGGGAUCUGUCUCGUCCAGAGCGGGCGGUCCCAUGAUGAGCAUAAAUACGAACUUGCAACCCGGUAGCGGCAGCGCCAUGGCGCGGACGAGUUCCCGCCGGACGUACGACGAGGAGGCGCAGCUCGGUUCGCGGUCGCCGGCGUCGCCGCUUAAUCCGGGCGGGUUCACGCAGUCGCCCGUGACGGGCGGUGCGAAUACGGGUUACUCUGUCUAUCCUAUGGGUACUGUGCAGGAGGCUCAGCCGUACCAGGCUCAGACUGCUGGACAGCAGCAGCAGCAGCAACAGCAAGGGCGGCCGCUGGCUGGGGGAUAUCCGCAGCAGGGACAGCCACAGCAAGGACAAGGGCAGGGGCAGAUGAGGCCGCCUUUCCCGGGUCCCCCGCGGUAA